CCUUAAGGUUCCAUAGAACAGAAAGUACACGAAUUACUAAUUCACAGGGUAGAAAAAAAACCAAAACAGCUGUUUCAGUUUCAGUUGGUCUUUCAUCUCUAUGGUUCUGUUUAUUUGAUGCAAAUGCAUUGAUAAAAGUCUAAAGUUCAUAAUUUUGUGAAGAUAUGAAGAUGGUGGGUAAGAAGAGUAGAAGUGUUUUCUUCCUUUGGUGGUUUGGAAUGACUUUGCAGCUCUGCUUCUUGCUCUGUUCCUGUGCUGAGAAGACAUCAUUCAGAAGAGGUUUAAGGGACAUAAACAGCAUGGAAUCAACAUCUAUUCAUUCUGGACUCCAUCUUGACACAGAAAACCCUAAGCAGUCUACUUUUUUUCAGUUGGUGGUUCAUAAUGGUAUUGUUUCCGUCACUUUGUCAAGACCUGAGGGCUAUGUCCUUGGAAUAUCUUAUAAUGGAAUUGACAACAUUCUUGAAGCUGAAAACGAUGAACAAGAUAGAGGGUACUUUGACGUCGUUUGGAAUAGGCCAGGAGAACCUUAUAAAUUUGAGAGAAUCCAUGGGACAAAUUUUUCUGUUAUAGCAAGUGAUGGGGAUUCAGUAGAGGUUUCAUUUUUAAAGACAUGGACAUCUUCCAUGAGUGGCUCAAGUGUUCCCAUAAACAUAGACAUAAGAUACAUUUUUCGAAGUGGUGAUUCAGGAUUUUAUUCGUAUGCAAUAUUCGAUCGCCCUGAAGGAUUGCCAGCUGUUGAGGUUGUUCAAAUUAGGUUUGUUUACAAACUCAAGAAAGACAGGUUCAACUACAUGGCUAUAUCAGAUGCCAGGCAAAGAUUGAUGCCAACAAUGAGAGAUAGAGAAACGGGUCAGAUUCUGGCUUACCCUGAAGCUGUUCUUUUAACUAGACCAACCAACCCAGAGUUCAAAGGAGAGGUGGAUGACAAAUACCAAUACUCAUGUGAGAACACAGACAACAGUGUUCACGGAUGGGUUAGUACUCUUGAUUCUGUGGGUUUUUGGAUGAUAACACCCAGUAACGAGUUCCGCAAUGGUGGCCCCAUCAAGCAAGAUCUUACUUCUCACGUUGGCCCCUUCACUCUCAAUAUGUUUGUGAGCACUCACUAUGCUGGGAAGGAGGUAACCAUGGUAUUUGAAGAAGGGGAAACUUAUAAGAAGGUUUUUGGCCCUGUAUUUGUGUACCUUAACUCUGCUUCAACCAAUGGUCACAAUACAGUAUCCCUCUGGUCAGAUGCUAGCAAGCAGUUGUCCAAGGAGGUCAAAAGCUGGCCUUACGAUUUCCCUAAAUCACAAGAUUUCUGUCCACCUAGUCAACGGGGAACAGUAUUAGGAAGAUUGCUAGUCCAAGAUUGGCCCUUCAAGGAAGGAAAAAUUCAAUAUCCUAACAAUGCUUAUGUUGGUCUAGCUUUGCCUGGAGAAGCAGGAUCAUGGCAGAAAGAAAGCAAGGGCUAUCAGUUCUGGACUCAAGCUGACUCAAAGGGAUACUUUACAAUUAAUAAUGUUGUGCCAGGUGAUUAUAAUUUGUAUUCUUGGGUCCCUGGCUUCAUUGGUGAUUACAAACAUAAUGCAAAAAUCACCAUCACACCUGGUGGAGUCAUCAAAUUGAGUACACUAGUAUAUAAACCUCCAAGAAAUGGACCAACAAUAUGGGAAAUUGGGGUCCCAGAUCGCUCGGCUGCUGAAUUCCACGUUCCAGACCCUUACCCUACACUUCUGAACAAAUUAUACAGCAAACUAGGCACAGACAAGUUUAGGCAAUACGGGUUGUGGGAUCGUUAUGCUGAUUUGUAUCCUAGAGAUGAUCUUGUUUACACUGUUGGUAAAAACAAGUAUAGUAAGGAUUGGUUUUUUGCUCAUGUUACAAGAAACACAGGAAAUAUAACAUUCAAGCCAACGAUAUGGAAGAUUAUAUUCGAACAUGGUGAAGACAUAUUGAGCGGAAAAUACACACUCCAACUGGCUCUGGCAAGUGCUACUGAUGCUGAACUACAGGUUCGUUUCAAUGACCCUAGCAUAUAUCCACCCCACUUUACAACAGGGCCUAUAGGAGGUGACAAUGCAAUAGGAAGGCAUGGCAUCCAUGGAUUGCAUAGGCUGUUCAGCAUUGAUGUACCAAGUAAUCUUCUUAUGAAGGGAAAGAACACCAUCUAUCUGAGGCAGUCACUAGCCAUAACUCCAUUACCAGGACAAAUUAAUGGAAUGAUGUAUGAUUACAUCCGCUUGGAACGACCUCCGACUCCAAAUACAUGAUUAAUGUGUCACGCCUCUAGUUGACACAGUAAAUAUGCGUGCAGUUAUGCUUUUUGUAUUAAAUUUCAAUUAUUUUUUAUAACUGUGCUAGAAAGUUGUAAUUGAUUUAUAAAAUGAAUUAUUUCAUUUGUAUUUUCAACUACGUAAUUAAUUGUCUCUAUUUCCAUGUAUUUGUAUAAACAUUUACAAUAAAGAAAAAUUACUUUCAUCCGGUUCAUCUUA